AUGCGUCUUUCCACCCUCGCCCCGACCGCUCUGGUCCUCGCCCCCGCCGCCGUGUCGGCCGCUGGCACCCUCGGCUUCUCGCUCGGCACCAAGCUGGCCGACGGCACCUGCAAGUACCAGGCCGACUACGAGAAGGACUUCGACGCCAUCGCCGCCAACACGGGCAGCAAGCUCGUGCGCGGCUACUCCGUCUCCGACUGCAACUUCGCCCAGCAGAUUCUGCCCGCCGCGAAGGCCAAGGGCUUCCAGGUCGUGCUGGCCGUGUGGCCCGACGUCGACGAAUCGCUCCAGGCCGACAAGAAGGCCCUCAAGCAGUACGCGACCGACGAGUACGCCGACCAGAUCUACGCCGUCACCGUCGGCUCCGAGACGCUGUACCGCGGCAACUUCACCGGCGAGGAGCUGCUGGAGAAGAUCAACGACGUCCGCACCGUGCUGCCCAAGGGCACCAAGGUCGGCACCGCCGACUCGUGGAACAAGUGGGCCGACGGCACCGGCGACGCCGUCGUCAAGGGCGGCGUCGACCUGAUCCUGGCCAACGCCUUCGCCUACUGGCAGGGCGCCGACAUCACCAACGCCUCCAAGGUCUACUUCGACGACAUGUCCCAGGCCAUCGCGCACAUCCAGAACGUUGCCGGCGGCCCCGACAAGGCCCCCGAGAUCUGGAACGGCGAGACCGGCUGGCCCACCGAUGGUGGUUCCGACUACGAGGCUGCUAAGGCCGGCACCGACAAUGCCAAGACCUUCUAUCACGAGGCCGUGUGCGGCGCCAUCAAGUGGGGCCUGAACGCAUUCUAUUUCGAGCUCACCGACGAGGUCUGGAAGCCCGCGUCCAUCGGCGACAACGGCGAGGAGAAGGACGAGACCAAGUGGGGAGCCAUGACGGUCGACCGCAAGCCCAAGUUCAGCCUCAAGUGCACUUAA